AGAGGAAGAUUGGCAACAGAUGUUAGCUUAGGGCGAAUCUUGCCCAGCAAAAACAGUACAAGACGAAAAAACAUGCUGAAUGAAAAAAGCCAGAUACAAAAGAGUACAGACUGUACAGUUCCAUUUAUAUGAAAUUGUGGAAUUAGGCAAGCCUAAGAUUUAGUAACAUUAGGCUUAUCAGUGGUUGUCUGGGGCCAGGGAGAAGAUGAAAAAGAUAACUGCAGACGGGCAUGAGAAACAUUUUGUCGUGAUGGAAAUGUUCUGCUGGUUGGUUGGGAUUGUGGUUACACUGGUGUAUAUGCAUUUAUCAAAAAGUGUGCACACAUUGAACUUACACUUAAAAUGAAUGCACUUUAUGUAAAUUAUACCUUAAUAAAAGUGAUUUUUAAAGUUAAAAAAAGAUUUAAAAGUAAUCCUAAAAUUGAAUCUUCAACAAACAAAAUUCAUCUCCUAUAUCUAAUUAAUAACAUAGUCAUACAAAGAAUAAUUAGUUACUUUUGAAACAUUAUUCUAACUGUAUACCCUUAGUGAGAUUUAAUCUUGGGACAAAAAGCACUGUGAAGAAAUACCCUUACUUAGUAGGUUUGUUUUUGGUAGAGGUUGUGUUAUAGUAUUUUUGGGUAGAGCUAAUGAGUAAAUACUGAUGUAGUUGUGAGCUAGGAUUCCAACCAUAGGAAAAGGGAAGAUGAGGAAUACUGCGCUGGAUUUGAAUUAGAGUUGUCGGUAAGAACUCACGUUUUUAAAGACAUGGAUUUCCUAGCUUUGUCCACCGAAAAGGCCUAGUAGCAGUGACACCUCUGGCAUUGAACACACCCAAUACCCAGAUCUUGGUUUCUAAAUGCCUUUGCGCACUAAAAGGGCUCCUAGUAGAAAUGGUUGAUUUCGGGUCUGGUUCAGGGAAAAUAAUAAAGUGAGCCUGAAACAUCCUGUGCUAGAAAGUAAGGAUGUGUUUGAGCAUCAAGGAGGACAUAUCAAAAGGAGACUGAAGGGACAAAUGCUGUACUUAGAAAACCGCCAUUUCCAAUCUUCAGUGCAAUAAUUGAAUUAAAGUCAUGAGUGGAUGAUGUAUAAAACCAUUGGCUGUUGGGAACAAGAUAUUUACACUGUCUUAAAGUAACACCUCACAGUUGCAUACCAAUUUCAAAGGAGAUAAAAGAACUGCAUGGAGAGAUUUGGCGGUAUCGUAACCAUUUCAAGUUUAGCAUCAUCGGUAAUGAGACAAACUGACAUUGUGUGUCCUUAUGUGAUGCAAUAAGUACAAAACAUCACUUAUGUACGUCUCAUGAGGUAGCCAUCAGAUAAAUCUAGAAUUUGGGGUAGCCUACAAUUCAACUGACUUGGAUUCCUCAAAAAAAAAAAAAAAAAAGGUCUGUGUCGUAAAAUCAAAGGGGAUCUGGGAUUAGGGGCAGCGUGGAGGGACUGUUCUAAAUUUAAAGAGACAUAACCAAAUGCAACUCCUGAAGUUUGAUUGGAUCCUACAUAGAAAGAGCUUAAAAAUCGCAAACAUUUUGGCAACAUUUGUCAGAAAUGGAAAUAUGACCUCUAUAUUACAUGCUAUUAUUGACUUAAUGUUAAAUUUCUUCAUAUCUAAUAAUAUUUGGUUGUAUAGGAGAAUGUCCUAUUCCUAGGAGAUAAACUGCAGUAUUAAUGAUGCAGUGUCAUGAUGUCUGCAAGUUAUUUUCAGGUGGUUUAGUACAAAAGAAAAAGUGUUUAUAUGUUGAUGUAUAGAAAGAUAAAAUGAAUGUAAGAAGUGUUUAUGUGUCUCUAUAGGGAGUGAUAAGUGUAACAAGAUACUAACAAUUAAUUGAAUCUGAAGUGACAAGUAUAUGGGUUAUUGUACUAUUUCAGUUUUUCCGUGGGUUUAAAAUAUUCAAAAUAAAAAUCAAGGGGAGAAAAAAUACCUAAUUCUGAAUUACUCUCGAAAUAUAGAAGCUUGAAAUUUCCCAGGUGAGUUAUUGAGAUAGUAUUAAUUAUUAAUUUAUUUGAAUUAUCUGAUAUUCUAUGGAAUGUUAGAAUUAGAGGGACCUUAGAGAUUAUUUUAUCUAGUCCCUUAUUCAUACAGGUGAGAAAAUUAGUCUGACAGUAAUCAGGUCACUUACUGAAAUCUCACUGUAAGCCAGUAGCAGAGCUUGGACAGUAAAUUCAGCUGUCCUGUUUUCCAGGCUAUUGCUCUUCCCACUGUACUGUGUUACCUCUCCCAGUAAAAGGACUUUGUUGGAGGUAAAGUUGAAUUAAGGAAAAGGUAUCAUUUUUCUUCCUAGUAUAGCUUCAAUAUAUGUCUCCCAUUUUGACAAUAUUGUCAGACUGUGUUUGAUCUAUUUAUUGAUCAGGAAUUUAGUCAAAGACUUCUGCUACUUUUAAUUAUUGCUCUUCUAGAAAUAUUUUGACCAUAUCAUUUGGACCGUGUGUUUUUGGUCACUUAUUGUUAUUAUCUUCUAGUUUAAGCUAUGAAGAAGGACAUCCCUCACACUCUGAAGCAGAUCUCCUUCAGAGACAGACUUUUGUAGCCUCUCAUCAACUUCCUGGAUAUGCUACCACACCUCAGCCAACCGGUCUUUCAGGAAUAUUUGAUGCUGGUGUGAACGGUGCCAGCACUAACACUAAGGAAUCUUCGGUGAUGAGUUUUCUUUCUGCUGUGGAGCCACGAGCUGCUCAGGCUGCUGCUUCAGGAACUGCUCUUGUACCACAGCUCAGGGCUCCAUCCUGGCAGACAGGUGUGCAUUCCUCAGUGGCAGCUGAGCUCUUUGUUAGUGGACCUUUGCCAACCACUGGAACACUUCCACCCUCUGCCCUCUCUGCUUAUCAGCAUCCCACCGCCUUCAGCAAUAGAAACUUUGCUACCACUUCACCUUUGGUGCUUCAGGAUUCAACUUUUAACACUACGUCAAAUGGAAUUUUAAAUCCUCAUGACCCUUUGCUGCAAAUCAAAACUUCCCAGGGAACUGUUCCAGCUGCUUUGGCAUUUGAGCGCCUGGGAGGUUCUGCGUUAAGUAACAGCACACCACCUCAGUCUUCAACAUACCGCUCAGCUCAAGAGUCUGCACCCCAUCUUUUACAACCUCAGUUUAGUUUGUUGCCUUCAGCAGUUGGGGGAGCCCAGCAAACUCCUCAGGCCUACAGUUCAACUCUCUUUACUAGUUCUGCUGCUUCCAUUGAAAGAGCUCUUCUUCGAGAAUGUAGUGUUAUUAAACACCAUCAGCGGCCUUCAGGUACCCAGUCUGUUCAGGCACAACUGACUGGUUCACAGCAUCCUUUACAUAGUUAUCUGUCAGGUGCAGGUGUAGUUAAUUUUCAGGAAACAAGCAGGCAGUCCUCUUUAUCCUGUAGCCCAGUUGGAGAUUCUUCUCAGGUGAGCAGUGGAGGAUUGCAACAGAAGACCUCUCAGGUCUCAGUGGAACUUGCUCAGUCUUAUUCAUCUGCAAUUCCGUCAUCAGGAUAUCCUCCCUCUACUACAAAAGUGAAAGGCUGUUCUUCAAAACAACCACUAACAUCAGCUAAGACCCCCAAACCUCAAAGUAUAAUUCCUCCUGUACAAACACUAAGCUAUUCCAAACCUUUACAUAACCAGAGUUCUGUUGUAUCAGGCCAGGCACAGAUCUAUUCUACAGCACAGCUACCAAGCCUUUUAUCAGUUAGUCAGUCCCAAAAUUAUGGCUUAGUACAGCCACAUAAUGUGCCAUCGAUUGUUCAUUCACAGGUUUAUAGAUCCAGCAAAGUUGAGAAGUUGCCAUCCUUAUAUAAAACCUUGGCCUUUUCUGGGUCAUCUCAGACUAUAAGUUCUGAAAAUCAGACACUUAAUUAUUCUUCUAGCCAGCAAGAGGUGUUAUCUUCAGUUACAAAUGGGAAUUACCCUGCUCAGACAAGAGAUCUGUCUUCAGCUAGCCAGUCACAAAGUUAUUCAUCUGGUCACUCUCAGGGUUUAUCACCAGUUAGCCAGACACAGGUUAGUUAUUCAUCUCAAUCACAAGUUUUGUCAGUUGUUAGUCCUUCGGAAAGCUAUGCUUCAGGGCAGUCCCUAACAUUAACAGCCCCUUCUCUUUCCUAUUCUUCCACCUCUCAGGCUCAGAAUUUGCCUGAUUCUAGCCCAACCCAGAAUUAUAUUUCUGUGCAUUCUUCCCAAAAUGCUCAGACUCAAGAGUCAUCAUCUCCCCAGUCUCAAAAGUUUUUGCCUGCUGUCCAGUCAUCAUCUUUUGCAUCCUCUACUCAUUGUCGGACAUUACAGAAUAACAUACCUUCCCCCGAUCCAAAGUCUUACGCUGAAAGAAAACUUGACUCGAAUGUGUACACGUCUUCAAAGCAAGAUGAUUUUGCAAUGCAAGAGUUACAGGUAUUACAGCCGCAAGUAUCUCUUGAGUCAUCAACCCAAAGCCUAUCUGAUGGGGAAAUUGUUCAAGAAUCAGCUUAUAAGGUGUCAAAGGCAGAGGACAGAUAUUCUCAGAGUGUAAUCAGAAGUAAUUCUCGUCCUGAAGAUCAGGUUGUUGGGAUUGCCCUACAAGGGUCAAAAAAAGAAGAAAGCGUGGUUGGUUCAGUGACACAACUUAACCAACAAAUUGGCCAAGUCAAUAAUGCAGCACCCCUUGAUAUUAAGAAGGCAACUAAUUUAAUGCAAACUCCACAAGUAAGGUUGAAUAAUAAAGACCUAAACCAGCAGCAUUCUCUUAUACAUAAGGUACGUGAAACAAAGGUCCAGGAGCAACAUGAUCAAAUAAUUAAUGCCUCAUCUCAGAUUCAAAUUCCCAAUCAUGCUUUAGGGCAUGGCCAUCAGGCAUCUCUUCCCAACACACAGAUCCUUUUAGACUCUGCCUGUGAUUUACAAAUUCUUCAGCAGUCAAUACUGCAGGCAAGUUUAGGACAAGUAAAGGCAUCUUUACAACUACAGCGUGUUCAAAGUCCUCAACAAAUAGUACAUCCUUUCCUUCAAAUGGAUGGUCAUAUUAUUCAGAGCAAUACUGAUCAUUCUCAGCAGCAACUCCAUCCUCAGAAUUCUGACAUUAUGAAAAUGGACCUCUCUGAGUCUUCAAAACCAUUGCAACAGCAUCUCACAACAAAGGGCCACUUUAGUGAAACAAGUCAACAUGAUUCAAAAAAUCAUUUUGUUUCUCUUGGCUCAAUAUGUUUCCCAGAGGCGAUUCUUCUCAGUGAUGAACGACAUAUUUUAUCAAAUGUAGAUGAUAUUUUAGCAGCUACAGCAGCAGCUUGUGGGGUUACACCUUCUGAUUUUACCAAGUCAACUUCAAAUGAAACCAUUCCGGCUGUUGAAGAUGGUGAUUCUAAAUCUCAUUUUCAGCCGUCGUUAGAUGUCGGGCAUGUGGCUUCAGAUUUUAACUCCAUAACAGCUACAGUAGGAAAGCCACAGAGUAUAAAUGAUAUUCCCUUAAAUGGAAAUCAAGUUACCAUAAACCUUUCACCAGUACCUGCCCUUCAGUCCAAAAUGACUCUUGAUCAACCGCACAUUGAAACACCUGGCCAAAAUAAAGCAUCUAAAGUAACUUCACCAGUGGUUGGACCAAGUCAUGAAGUCCAGGAGCAAACUUCUGGCCCAUUCAAGAAACAGCCUGCUACCAGUCAUGAAUCUGAAGAAGAUAGUGAAGUUCUUGUUGAUAGUACAUUAAAUAAUAACAGAAAGCAAGAGUUUGUUUCUAGUAGCAGAAGUAUAAGUGGAGAGAGUGCUACAUCAGAGAGUGAAUUCACCUUAGGGGGUGAUGACAGUGGGGUGGCAGUGAACCCAGCGAGGAGUGCGCUUGCACUCUUGACCAUGGCCCAACCUGGGGAGGCAGUCAGUGUCAAGAUUGAAGACGAAAACCAAGAUUUAAUGCAUUUUAACCUUCACAAGAAAAAAACUAAAGGAAAAGGGCAAACUAAAGAGGAAGACAACAAUAACCAGAAACAGCUGAAAAGACCUGCCCAAGGCAAGCGCCAGAAUCCAAGAGGGACAGAUGCAUAUUUGCCAUAUGCUCCUCCUCCCUCGGAGAGCUGCCAUGAUGGUUAUCAGCAUCAAGAGAAAAUGAGACAGAAGAUCAAAGAAGUAGAGGAAAAACAACCAGAAGUCAAGACAGGAUUUAUUGCCUCUUUCUUAGAUUUUCUGAAAUCUGGUCCCAAGCAGCAGUUUUCCACUCUUGCUGUCCGAAUGCCUAACAGGACUAGACGACCAGGGACCCAGAUUGUCCGUACGUUUUGUCCCCCGCCACUUACAAAGACUUCAUCAGCAACACUGUUAGCGUCUGAAACUGGGCGUCACAGUCCAUCAGAAAAAGUUGAUAAUGAACUUAAAAACUUAGAGCAUUUAUCUUCAUUUUCUUCUGAUGAAGAGGAUCCUGGAGUAUGCAGUCAUGAUGUUUGUAAAAGCGCCUCUACUACCUUAACUACUUUGGAUACUGCUUCUGAGAAAAAGAAGAAAAUGGUUUCAGAAGCCCUACAGGUGGCAACUACUAGCCCAACUGCCAAUACCACUGGUACUGCUAAUACUUCCUCUACCACUGUGGGUGCAGUUAAGCAAGAACCUCUCUACUCUACUUCAUCUGCAGUAAAUAUCCUGGAAAAUAUAAACUCUGCAGAACCCCCAAAGCCCAUCGAACUUGAUGGUCUUCCUUCAGACCAGUUUGCAAGAGGACAGGACUCUGUUGCCAUAGAAGGUUUUACAGAUGAGGAGAACUCGGAAAGCGGCGGCGAAGGCCAAUACAGGGAGCGUGAUGAAUUUGUGGUAAAGAUAGAAGACAUAGAGACUUUUAAGGAGGCUUUAAAAAUAGGAAAAGAACCCCCAGCUAUUUGGAAAGUACAAAAAGCUUUAUUACAGAAGUUUGUUCCGGAAAUUCGAGAUGGGCAAAGAGAAUUUGCUGCUACAAACAGUUACCUUGGAUAUUUUGGAGAUGCAAAGAGUAAAUACAAAAAGAUAUACGUGAAGUUCAUUGAAAACACAAACAAAAAGGAAUAUGUCAGAGUAUGUUCCAAAAAGCCAAGAAGUAAGCCUUCACAAGCUAUCAGAACUCUUGAGGCUAAGCCAAGCAGCAGCAGUAAAACUUUUGAUCCUCCAGCACCAAAACCUGUAACCACAAAAGCCCCUUCCUUGAAACCCAAAGUUAAACAGCUAAAAGUAAAGGCUGAGCCACCACCAAAGAAACGGAAGAAAUGGAAAGAAGAGUUUUCAUCUUCCCAAUCUGACUCAUCUCCUGAGAUCCAUUCUAGUGGCAGUGAUGAUGAGGCAUUUGAUCCUCCAGCUCCCUUUGUCACUCGUUUUUUGAACACAAGAGCGAUGAAGGAAACCUUUAAAAGCUACAUGGAAUUGCUUGUCAGCAUUGCCCUGGACCCCGACACGAUGCAAGCCCUAGAGAAGAGCAACGAUGAGCUACUUUUGCCUCAUAUGAAAAAAAUAGAUAGCAUGCUGAAUGAUAAUCGAAAGAGACUUCUUUUGAAUCUCCACUUGGAUCAGUCAUUCAAGAGUGCUUUGGAAAGUUUUCCUGAACUAACAAUAAUUACUCGAGACUCUAAAGCAAAAAGUGGGGGAUCUGCCAUUUCUAAAAUCAAAAUGAAUGGCAGAGCUUAUAAUAAGAAAACUCUAAGGACUUCUAAAACAACCACUAAAUCUGCACAAGAGUUUGCUGUUGAUCCAGAGAAAAUACAGUUGUAUUCUUUAUAUCAUUCACUGCAUCAUUAUAAAUAUCAUGUUUAUCUCAUAUGUAAAGAGAUUUCUUCUGUGCAGAAAAGAAAUGAAGAUUUAGGACAGGAAGAAAUUGUUCAACUUUGUAUGAAAAAUGUAAAAUGGGUGGAAGACCUAUUUGAAAAAUUUGGAGAACUUCUAAAUCAUGUUCAGCAGAAAUGUUCCUAACAAUUUCCACAAAAGUGCCGUCUAUUUUGUAGCACUAAUGAGAUGGCGGAGAGGGGUGAUCAAAGAGGGUCUGGGGCCUCAGAUAAUCGAAUAUCAAGCAGCGGUCUCCUGCAGGCCCGCCUGCUCCGAUCAGGGAACUGGCAUUGUGACCUCUGCUGAAGGACAGUGUUGCUCCCAAGGAAUUCAGUCCUUUGGAAGUGGACCUAAAUCCCACGACAUUUGUAUCCUAAUGAAUGAUUUUUCUAUUUUGUAAACAAUUGGGUAACUGAGUUUUAUUUUCAGAAAUGUUUUUUGACAAAUGAUGAAGCAUGCACUAAAUACAAUUUUUCGUUCUUGCUAGAGAGAUAACACUUCAGUAACUUGAUAAUUUUUUCCUGACUCUGACUAAACACCAGGAUGAAAGAAAGGGGGCAGAAAGCCUAUGUUUGCAUUCGUGUCUGGCCACGAAACGGAAAGUAUUGUACGUUAUGAAAACAGAUCUGGUGUGAUUUUUGUACGAGAAUAUCAACAGUUUAUGAAAUUCGGAAACUGCAUUCUGCUUUACGAACUCCUUUUACUCUUAACAUGUUCAGGAAACUGGAUGUGGAAUUGGUGCAAUUCUGUGACUGCUUUUUGUGUCAAAUUAUAUUGUGAUGAAAAAACAAUGACAUACUAUUUUCCCUAUCUCAAAGAAAAGUAUUUUCCUUUGGAAAAAUUUUCAGUCGUACAUUUUAUUUCACUAAUAGUUGUAUUUUUCACAAGGAAAGUGUUGUGGUUAUAAUUAUGUUUGAUGUAUCUGUACUACACUUUUCAUUAUUUUCAGUAAAUCUUAUUUAGAUAUAUAUUGAAUUUCUAUUGUGAGUUCUAUCUUGAGGUAACCAUUUUUGUUUAUACAGAUUUCCUUCAGUGUUAUCCAGAAUAUGCAUUUAGUACUAGAAUUAGUUUAGCUUUAUAAAUGGGGUUGUGUUAGACACUGCAGUAAUUUCCUGAUUCAGGAAAAUAAAUUUCUUACUAAAUUAGCACUUGAUUAACUGAUUUAUCAAAAUAAAAAUCUAACCACAUUAUACAUUUUGAAGAAUAAACGUUUAGUAGACCUCAUGCAGUGUUAAACACAGCUUACCUAACUGAGAACUGGAAGUGAUGGAGCUCUCCUUUGGGUGCCUUUCCAACCUUUAGACGUAUAUUGUAGCCUUCUUUAGUUCGAUAGCUAGUGUUUUGAGUCGUUUAGCUGAGACAGUGAAUGUAUUAGGUUCAACAUGACCUUGUAUUUUAUUUGUGUUUGCCAACAGGAUGCCUUAUUUGUUUGAGAAAAAGAUUUACUAGUGUCCUUCUAAAUGAUCUCCUUUUUUAGGAUUCUAAAGAUGUUGUUAAUCAUCCUACUUGUUUAUUUUACCACCAUUUAGUGCCUUAAGUCCUAUCCAGAAAGCAGUGUUACUGCUUAAUGCCCAAAUAAGACAUGUGUAUGUGGAUAUUGCUGUUGCCUUGAUUUUGAGUUAAUAGGUCAACUUCUAAUAGCUAAAACCUCAGUAAACUGGCAAAGAAUUGAAGGUAAUAUGUGACGCAAUUUGAGAAUGAAACUUUGUAGCAUUGGGUGAAAAAUCAGUAUUUUGAGGUAAACUUACAUAUUUGUUUCUGAUGGUUAUCUUUUUAAGAGCAAUAAUCCUUAAUCCAACAAUCUUUGUACCUGCCUUUAGACAGGAUACUCAAUAAUAGCAGUUUCUCUCAAGGGUUAAAUGUUUGCUUUCUGAAAGUUUAAUACAAAAAACCGUUUAGGCCGCUUAUUUGGAAAACAAAAGUAACUUAUUUGAUUCAUUUUGCCUAACUCAAGUGAGAAAAUAUCAGCAAUGAGCAUCAUACAAUUAAUUUUGCUAAAUGGAGAAGAGUAGGAAGCAGCCGUAUUUCUUUCUGAUAUUGACUCUGGCUAGAAUUGGUUGCUUUCAUUUCCAAAGUGCACAGCAGAUCCUGCAUCUCCUAAUGUAGUGUUACAAGUCUUUAUGUUACUCCCCCAGCUUACUUUCCUGAAUCAUUGUUGGUUUAAAUAUUUUAAAAAGCCGUCUUGCAUUUAGGGUAACUCGAAGUACCUGUUUGAAACCACUAGCCACAUUUUCUUCAUGAUAAGACCCUUCAGAAAUAGAGAUGUUUCUUGUAGAAAAUAACCUAUUUCCUUUUCAACUACAGAUGCCCUCCAACUGUUUGCAGUUGAAUUCAUUUUAGUAAAACAGGCGUUUUUGUGAUAUCAGAGGCCAAGUCUAUAGGACUGCCUGGAGGAGACCUGGUUGUAACUUGACACCAUCCUCUGUCAUGUGAUCCACGUAGCAUAGACAGACCUCAAACUCCAGGCCUUAGAGAAAGUGGGACACUUAACACAGCUAUACAUCAGUCUGUCCUUGGGGAUGAUGUCAAAUACCUAGCUGUUUAGCCUUCACAGUCCUUGCCAGGCAGUUUGAGAUUUAUAAUAGAAAUAACUUUAGGGGGUGGAUUGAGUCAAAGAGGUAAAGCACAUGUUGCACAACCCAGGAAAACAUUUUUAAGAAAGAUUUGAUUUUCCUACCUUAUGAUAUCUGAAAAUAAUUUUGUAUAAAAAAUCGUUUUGUGUUGGUGUUUAUUUCUAGUUCACAUUGCUGUUUGGAGAAGCAAGCAGGCUCCUGCUUUUCAUUUGCACAAUAACCAGUUUCCACUACUUGAGCCUCUAUUGAAGUCAUAAAUUUAUAAUGAUUUAUGAAUUAUCAUAGUAGUUCAACAAUAGAAACUGCCCAUUUUUCUAUUACACUUUCAGCUAGAAAACUUUAAUUAUAAUGGCUUAAAAAGUGUUCAGAUUAUCUUUACAUUUCUAAAUUUCCUUAAAUUCCCAAAAUUGAAAACUUAUAGAUGAUUCAUACAUUAUUACUGUUUUCAAAGCUUUCCUCACAUUGUUUAAAGCCUUACUUUCCUUUUAAUAUGUAUAUUUAUUUUCUUUAAAGCAGCUAUUUCCCAGCCUAUGACUUUGGAGAUAUUUCCGUAAAACCAAUAUAGCAGCAGGGUUAUUGAGUCAGCUUUGGGUCUCAAGAGUUGCUUCAGAUGUACACAUUUGUGAAUUUUAUUGUAUUUGUAGAAUACAGUUUUUGUUUAAAGAUAUACUUCCAUCUGUUUCUCAAGACUGCUUUUCAGAUAGAGUGAAAUAUCCCAGGAUGAUUGCUUCUAAUUGUGUCAGUUGCACUUGACACAUAACUGCACAAAUGGACAAUGUACGCUUUUGGUUGUGCAUUAACUUACAUGUGCAACCUUUGGCAUCUGUGUUCACAAAUGCAUGUUUUUGCAAAUCACCUUUAUAAAUGACAAUAAUUGAAGUUAAGGACACAAAGAAACUUGCAUUUGUAGUCCAGAAUUUUAAGUGGUCCAUAAUACGAUGUAUGGAAAUUGGAAAUGUGAAGGACAGUUUUGUAUAUUUGUUACUAACUCAGAUCAUUAAAAUGAAAACAAUUUUUUAAACAACAAAA